CUCACCUCAGUCUCCGGCUGUAUCCUCCCCUCCCCUGCAGUCUCAUGGCAGACUCAAGCUACUCCAUCCCUCCUGAGACCUACACAUGUCCCCUCUGUGUGGACAUCCUCCGGGACCCCGUCACCAUCCCUUGUGGGGACACCUACUGCCUGGAGUGUAUCAAGAUCUACUGGGACCAGUCGGAUCACCUGGGCGUGUACAGCUGCCCCCAGUGCAGGGCCACGUUCACCCCACGUCCAGUGCUGCGCCGGAACAUCCCCAACGUGGCGCAGGAUCGCAGGCAGCUGCCCGAGCUCACGCCCUUCCCCUUCCUCCAGCGGGACUCCCUCUGCGACUUCUGCAUCGGCCGCAAGAGCAAGGCCAUCAAGUCCUGCCUCAUGUGCCUGGCCUACUACUGCGAGACGCACGUCAAGCCCCACUAUGAGUCGCCCACCUUCAAGAAGCACAAGCUGGUGGACGAGACCGGCCACCUGGACCGCAAAAUCUGCCCGCAGCACGAGAAAGGGCUGGAGCUCUUCUGCCGCUCCGACCAGAUGUGCAUCUGCGUCCUCUGCACCGUGCGGGAGCACCGCAGCCACAACAUCGUCUCUGCCGAGGAGGAGCGCACCGAGAAGCAGAAAGUGCUGGUGGUGACUCAGGCAGAGGUCCAGCACAUCAUUCAAGAGCGCAUGAAAGAGCUGCAGGAACUCCGGCACAAUGUGGACACUCUUAAGAGCUGCUCUCAGAGGGCCCUGGCCGACAGCGACAAGAUCUUCACAGAGAUGGCGCGGGCAGUGGAGCGCUGGCGCUCGGAGACUGUCAGCCUGAUCGAGGCCAACGAGCGGGCCGCCAUGACGCAGGCGGAGGGCUACGUGGAGCGGCUGGAGCAGGAGAUUAUGGAGCUGCAACGACGCGACAUGGAGCUCAGGCACAUCCUGGAAACAGAGGACAACAUCCACUUCCUGCAGAAUUUCCCCACACUGUGCGUUCCUCCAGAGCCCAUGGUGCCCAAGGUGCUCAUAAACCCUGAGUUCUCCUUCGGGGAGGUGACCAAAGUCGUCACGGACAUGAAGGAGCAGCUGGAGGAUAUCUGCAAGAAGGAGCUAAGCAAAAUCUCCAAAACAGUCAGUGAAACUCCAGUCUAUAUACUGCUACCAAGGAAUGGAGAAAGGCGUUUGAAAGUUCCCUCUCGGGUGGAGCUGCAAGAGCCUAAAACCAGAACUGACUUCCUAAGAUAUGCAUGUCAGCUCACCCUUGACCCAAACACAGCCUACAGAGAGCUCGUCAUAUCUGACAGCAACCGCAAAGUGUCCAGGAAGAAGACAGUCCAGUUUUACCCCGACCACCCGGACCGGUUCGACGGCUACUCCCAGGUGCUGUGUAAGGAGGCUCUGAGCGGUUUCCGCCACUACUGGGAGGCGCAGUGGAGCGGGGAGUUCUCCAUCGGUGUGGCGUACAGGAGUAUCAGCCGCAAGGGGAAGAACUCCAACAGCCUCCUGGGCUAUAACGACAAGUCCUGGAGCCUCCUCUGCUCCGACACCGGCUACUCGGCAUGGCACAACAAGAUGGACAAAGACGUCCCUUCCUCUUCCCAUGCCUCCAGGAUUGGCGUCUAUCUGGACUAUGCUGGCGGCUCCGUGGCCUUCUACGCCGUCUCAGACUCCAUGGAACUCAUCCACAGGUUCCAGGCACGGUUCUCUGAGCCGCUGUAUGCUGGUUUCGGCGUGGGCUCCUCUGUGUCCAUCUGUCCUCUGAAGGAGAGCUCUGUCCCAUACUACUAACAGGAUCACCAUCACUCCAGAACAACACUUACACACUCUUUCCUUCACCAUUACUCUGGUACCAUGAAGCCUGUUGUUAAACAGGUCAAGCCCUGGGUAAAAUCCCCAUGUUAAUGCCUUCAUCACACAGGACAGCAUCUAAUGCCUUUGACUUCUUUUUUUCAUGUUAUUGGUGUUAGCUGUAAACGCGUUCAUGAAGCAGAUAAUGUUAAUUCUGCACAGUCCUAUUGUGAAUACUCUGCAAGUAAACUUGUAAAUAGCUCUUGCUGCCUGACCAUCUGUCUCAUCUCGUUAAUGUUGAAGCAUAAACCUGAGCCUUAAUUCUAAAGUGUAAAUCUGAGCUUUAAAUCUAAAGUAUAAACCUGAAAAAAUGUAAAUAUGUCAUGUAAAUAAGGAAGUUCAUUUGUUUGAUACGAUCUACACGGUAAGCUUCCCAAAAGAGGAAGAUUUUUCUAUAGCCUGUAAACUGUCAGACUUUAAUUUAAUUUGUACAACCUGUUACACAGCUAUGUUUAUAGACGUUUAGUCACUGUCUUUGUAAGAAAUCCCACAAGUGUGAGAACAGCUGCACUUCUUACUUGCCAUUGCAUGCAUGUCAGCCAAAUAAACUAAGUACAUUUUGGUAA